CAUCAUUACAGGAGUGUGUGACGUGUACGAACAGCCAUCUUAUGAGAAAUAUCAAGGAAAACAUAUAAUUUUUUCAAUAAUUAAAGAAGUAUAGUUGUUGGCAUCAGGAGGAUGUCUGAUAAUCGGUCUGUACACCAGUCCAACUAUCGUGGCUGGUUGUACAAGUGGACAAACUAUUUGAGAGGUUACCAGAAGCGUUGGUUUGUUCUGCAAAAUGGACUUCUUUCCUAUUACAGAAAUCAGGCAGAAAUGGCUCAUACUUGCAGGGGUACAAUUAAUCUCGCAAAUGCAUACAUCCACACAGAAGACUCCAAUACAAUAGUCAUCUCCAACAGUGGCACCCACACAUUUUACCUCAAGGCAACUUCAGAAGUAGAGCGUCAGAAAUGGGUGACAGCCUUAGAACUUGCCAAAGCUGAUGCUAUCAAGCUUAAUGAACCUGCAGACAGUGAUGAAGAAGUAGAACCAGAGCCCGAUAAGAAUGAGUUACAGAAUAUGGUAAAAACAUUGACAUCUAAACUAGAGGACAUGAAUACAUGCAAUGAUCUAAUUGCCAAGCACGGCAGUGGUCUUCAAAGAGCAUUAACAGAGCUGGAGUCAAUGGAUAACCCUAGUGAAGCUGGUGGAAAACUGAAAGUCAUAAAUGAAAGAGCAACCAUGUUUAGGAUCACCACCAAUGCUAUGAUCAAUGCUUGUGGGGAGUACCUUGAUGUAGCCCAGAAUCAGGUGAAGAGACUACAGAAGAUUGUCAAUUAUGAACACGAACAAAGGAUGAAGUUAGAGGAGAUGGUGGAGCACCUUGCCAAAGAACAGGUUACCUUGGAAGCCAAAGCCAAACAAUCCAUGGGACAGGCCCCAAUCAAGAAAGGGCCUGGGGGGUCAGAUGAGGAGGACUUCUAUGAUGCUUUGGAUUACCAGGCUGAGGAAUUUGAAGUUGCUCUCCCUCACACUCAAACAAAACACAGAAGGACAGACAGUAGCUUAAGUUUUGACAGCCAGGCUGAUGAAAGAAGCAGUGACCUCAGCAGUGAAGCUGAAGAAUCCGAGGGACAGGAAGCCAGAGUCUACUCCCACAAGUCUAAACAGGGGGCCUCCAAACAGCCUACAGCAAGUGUGAAAUCUCGUGUCAAAAGAAAUGCCAGUGGAGAUAUGAAGAAGAAUGGGGACACUCAGCUUGUGGUAGCUAAACCCACCACAGUCCGAAAAGGAGCUCGAGUAAGACGAACAACGAUCCCACCAAAGCCAAACUACAGUCUCAAUCUUUGGAGUAUAAUGAAGAACUGUAUAGGAAAAGAUCUCUCCAAAAUCCCUAUGCCUGUAAAUUUUAGCGAACCAUUGUCCAUGCUGCAGCGUUUGACUGAGGAUUUUGAAUACUCGGACUGUCUAGAUCGUGCAGCAGCAUGUGAGGAUUCGGCUGAACAGUUGGUCCAUGUGGCAGCCUUUACAAUCUCUUCUUACUCCACUACCACCAAUCGUACCACAAAACCAUUCAAUCCUCUUCUUGGAGAAACAUAUGAAUGUGACAGAACAGAUGACCUGGGCUGGAAGUCAUUCGCAGAACAGGUUAGCCACCAUCCGCCCACAGCCUCCCAAUAUACAGAGGGCAAUGGAUGGUCAUUGUGGCAGGAAUUCACAAUGGGGAGCAAAUUUCGAGGAAAAUAUCUCCAAAUUAUUCCUCUUGGUAAGAAAGUGCAAACUCACAGAGUGUUGAUGACUUUGUAACCUCUAGAUCCUAGGUGCUGGUCCUGCUGUAUAGACUCUUUGCCUGACUUUAAGGUGGGCCAUCACCCUCCUUUGGCUGCUGUUCACAGAGAGGGAAGAGAAUGGAUACUCUACCAGGAGAUGGCUAUAGCUAGUAAAUUCAAGGGCAGUUACUUUCAAAUAACACCCCAGGGUAUAGCCCACCUUGUAUUUAAGAAGUCAGGCAAUCAUUACACCUGGAGAAAAGUUACCACAACUGUUCACAACAUCAUUGUGGGCAAGUUAUGGGUGGAUAACCAUGGUGAAAUGGAUAUAACCAAUCACAAAACACAAGACAAAUGUCAUCUCAAGUACUCUGCCUAUAGUUACUUCUCCAGAGAAAUUCCAAGAAAGGUUACGGGGGUGGUGACCGAUCAAGAGGGUGCUGCUAAGUGGGUCCUAACAGGAACCUGGGACAAAAGAAUGGAGGCCGCCAAGGUGGUGCACAUUGACGAGUCCAACAAAGGAAAGCCUGUGUUUGAGACGGGCCCACACAUCUGUAUCUGGGAGAAGAGGCCAUUACCGCCAGGAGCAGAGAAGAUGUAUAAUUUCACAUCACUGGCUGUGACACUUAAUGAACCGGAGGAAGGCGUGGCACCGACAGACUCCCGUCUGAGACCAGAUCAGCGGGCCAUGGAGGAAGGAAAAUGGGACGAAGCCAAUAAAUUCAAACUACAGCUAGAAGAAAAACAGAGGGCUGCCAGGAAAAAACGUGAAGCUGAGGCAGAGGAGGCAGCCAAAAGGGGAGAACCAGUUAAAGGAUACCAGGCAGUGUGGUUUGAAAUGAAACAAGACUCUAUUACAGGAAGUCCCAUACAUAUGUACAAUGGACGAUACUGGAAUUGUAAAGAGAAAGGCGAUUGGUCAGCUUGUCCUAACAUAUUCUUAUAGCUGGUGUGAUAAUUUAGGAAUUGUUUUAUUACCAAAGUAGCCAAUUGAUCAUGACAGAAGUCUAUCAAAAAGAGAUGCAGGUUUUAAUUGUGAUAUGAAAAUUGAAAAAAAAAUCCAUUGGUUUUGAUAUAUUAAGUAUUUGAUUAUAAUCAAUGUCUUCAAUUGUUAUGGUGUAGUCGAGCAAUGUAUACAUGAUUGUGUGUGUGAGAGAGAGGGUGUGUGUGUGUGUGUGUUUCUGUUAGAGAGAGAGAGAGUCCACUGUAUGAGUUGAUGGAGAGACAUUAGUACAAAGCAAUAAUAACAAGAUUACAGUGAUAAUCCUCAUUCACAUUCAUUCAUCCACAUAUUCUCAGUUGAUUUUGAUUAAUCUUUUACAAAUGGUUCAGUUCAUUCAGUUUGGUGCCAUAUUUUACUUGUAUUUUGUACUGUGUGUACAGUAGAUCCAGACUAUAUCCCUGGCCAUGUGUAUGCUGUACUGUACAGUAGAUCCAGACUAUAUCCCUGGCCAUGUAUAUGGUGUACUGUACAGUAGAUCCAGACUGUAUCCCUGGCCAUGUGUGUGGUGUACUGUACAGUAGAUCCAGACUAUAUCCCUGGCCAUGUGUAUGCUGUACUGUACAGUAGAUCCAGACUAUAUCCCUGGCCAUGUAUAUGGUGCACUGUACAGUAGAUCCAGACUGUAUCCCUGGCCAUGUGUGUGGUGUACUGUACAGUAUAUCCAGACUAUAUCCCUGGCCAUGUAUAUGGUGUACUGUACAGUAGAUCCAGACUGUAUCCCUGACCAUGUGUGUGGUGUUCUGUACAGUAGAUCCAGACUAUAUCCAUGGGUGUACUGUCUGUACAGUAGAUUCUGACUUUUCACUGGCCCUGUGUAUUUUGUAACUAUCCCUGAUCAUGUGUAGAUCCAGACUGUGUAUCCCCGGUCACAGAGCUCUGAAUUUUUAUUGUUACCCAACAUUCCUUUCUUGCCUUUGUUUUAUUUAUUCAAGUCUUUUUUUAUAUAUAUAAUUUAAAAGCUGACCAUUUUUAUGACAUGAAGCAGGAGUUGAUGACAUGAUAAUGUGAAUUUGUAGCAGUGUUGUGAUGUUCAUGUGGCUUUUGCUCAGUAUGCAUCAGUGCAUUACCUCUUGUAGCAAAUGUUUGUUUUUAUGCAAUGAAUAUAUCAAAGUUUGACUUUUUAUUCCCUUGAUUGUACAUAAAGCCUUUGUAAAUCAUUGAUUUUGUGUAAAUUCAGACAAGAAUUAGUAUAGCGUAGGAAAGAUUUGUGAACACAUGCACUGCAGUUCGUUGAUUAUGUGUAAUCUAUGAUAUAAUUUGGGAUUGCAGUAUUGUGAUUAAUAUGCAUUGCUUGAAUUAUAUCAUGUAUGUAUAUAUAUAGGAACAAGUCACAUUGACUGCAUAUUUUAAUUUAAAAAAAACUGUGGAGUAAGAGUCCUUUGACAGUGACAGUUUUGAUUAAUAUAUUGUCUGGUAUUACUGAUGUGUUUGUAAAUGUACGAGAAAAACAUUUUUUUCACAUUUUGUAAAAAUUCAUGUUGAUGGAACAGGACGGUAAGAUAGAAUGUUUACUUUGUAAACUCUUCAAUAUAUUAGUACAUUGUUGUUUGUUUUAUUGCUAAUAUAUUUUAGAGUGGUUUUAAGUGGAAGUUUUCUCAAUAUAUCACGCAACACAUUAUUACAAGGAUCUCUUUGAGAGAGAAAUGUGCUAUUGUAAUCUUUAAAAUGAAUUUAGUCAGUUUUAACAUGGGCAUUCUUGUUUUACAAUACCUUUAUGUGUAUUCAGACAUAUAUCACUAUAAUCAUAUCUCAGGAUUAAGUGCAUUAUGAUUUGUGUGGCCACUGGUUUCUGUGGAAAUGACUGAAAAAAAAACACAACAUAUUGAUCAAAAUUUUUAUCGAAGUUUUGGAAGCCCACACUAUUACAGCAAAUCAUGCAGUAGAUCUGACAUAAUCAAAAUCACCUUUUCUGGAUAUAUAUAAAUAUUACCUAUGUAUUCCCAUUGCAAUAAUUUUAUUGAGAAGCAUGUCAUCAUGUGUAAAAAGUUUCUCAAAGAAAAAAAACAACAAAUAACCGGAUUUUGUUCUCAUUGGUUGGGAUACUGUGACACUGUAUUACAAGACUUUGGAAAUCACAUGUAAACUUCAGAGUUACAAGGACCAUAUUUGAUGAAUCAUACAUGUACGUAGCAUGCUAAUCAGUUUUUGUAUAUGUCGGAUACAAGUGUAUUUUCUUUUUCAUUGAAUACCUGGGGUAAAAAUUCCAAGGUUAUAUAAUGAGGUAUGAUAUUGUUGAAAUGCCCAACUUAUAGACGUGUAUAAAAACGCUCGCUCUUUUACUAGUCAGCACAAGCUUGAGUGAAUGUUGUAGAACUCUGGUGAAUCUAUUUCACAAGCUUGAGUGAAUGUUGUAGAUUGUGAACUCUGGUGAAUCUAUUUCACAAGCUUGAGUGAAUGUUGUAUGUAGAAUGUGAACUUCAGUGAAUCUAUUUCACAAGCUUGAGUGAAUGUUGCUUCUCUGGUUAAGCUAUAUUGGUCAUAUUGGACCUUUUUGAAAUGUUAAAAUAAAUGAAAAAUAAAACACA